GUUGCCGAUACCUUCAACCAGUUUAUUGACCUUGAGAACGAAUACCGCGAGCAGAUGGAUGAAAAAAAGUGUCCAGACUCUUCACACUGAGCUCCAGGAACACAAAACCCGACUGGAGGACAAGGAGAGCCAGAUAUAUGAUCUUAUGGCUGAGCGUGAUGAGUACAAGACUGCCUAUGCUGAAGCACAGCUGCGUUCCCGUGGUUCCACUGUGGAAAGCACCAAGCCAUCUGGCAAAUCUGAAAAGGUGCCUGACCCUCCACUCCUCACGGAUGGCAAAGAACCCAAGUUCGAGGACUGGAUGAUCGAGAUGAAAGGGAAGUUUGUGGCCAAUGCAGACAGAUUUGACAAUGACCAAAUGAAACGUGUCUAUCUCACCUCUCGCACCGGAGGUUUGGCGCGUCAACAGUUGAGCGUUAGACUGCGUGAAGAUGCCACUGAUCCCUAUACCAGUGUGGAACAGAUGUUCAAGACACUCACUACUGCUUUUCGAAACCCCCACUGCCGCAUGGAAGCCGAUGCUGAACUCCAGACUAUGUACAUGCAUCCUGGCGACAAGUUUCUUGAAUUCCUGGCCAAGUUCCUGCUACUAGCGAGUGAGGCUGGAAUCCCUGAUGACCAAUACAAGAUUGAGCUCAACCGACGACUCACUGACAAGGUCAAGGAGUUGUCCCUUCCCUAUAUUGGUGAUGAUAAGACUUUUGAUGAAUUUACAGCCUAUGUGGGUACAGUAGUCCAGUCCUUGAACGUCAACUCCCAAGAGGCCAAACGCCGCAAUCUGAGUCGGAACUCCCGCAACAACUCCCAGAAGGCUACCAGUGGUCCAAGCAGCUCUCAACUUGAUGACAAUACACGACAGGAGCUGAUGAAUCAAGGGAAGUGCUUUCAUUGUAAGGAGUCAGGUCAUGUUUUCUGAGACUGUCCCCGAUGAAAGAAGAAC